ACUUGGUACGAACUAAUAUGUGCACACGCACGUGUCGAUAAAAGUUGAAACAUAAACAACUCCAAAUGCCGGCUGACGGCUGGGUUUGAGGACAAUGAGCCAAUAACAGAUAAUGGAUAAGGAUGACUGUUUGAGAUCGGAGCAUUUAUUCUACAGGUGAAGAGGGGCUGAUAGAACCAUGACGUCCCCUAAUGCAAAAGAUCCCCUCACCCCAAAUAUGCAGGCAGUGUUUGCAAAGUGGGAGGGGCAUGGUCCAAGAAUGAGGGAAGGAGAUGCAAGAUCUGAGAAUAAGAUUAAAUGGGACCAGGUUGGGCAGCUGGCUGAUAAAAUAACACAGGAGGGAAGAGCCAAGUGGAGGGAGCGUUAUGGAGAUAGUAUCCAGCCAGCCAGUCACAGGCGAGCUAGACAGCGAAACAGGAGACCAGCAGCUCUAGCUACAGAGGAGGUGACCAACAAUGCAAUUGCUGAGUUUAAGAGUAAACCCCUGAUCACAGCAGAAACCCUGCUUGUCACCCGGCCUUACAUGGGAAAUGUCUGCUCCUGUAUGCCCAACAGUCAGGUAGAUUUCAGUACAGUAGAGGCUGUAAAAAUGGGAUUUAGAAAUAUUCUGGAUUUAGAAAUGAGGGGAAGAAAUUGGAAAGAGAAAUAUUUUGCUAACAUUGUGUACGCUGUGAGAAGGCGGACAAAAUAUGUUUACCCAGAUGUCAGUUCAUCUGUCCUAACCCAUCCCAGGGUAAAGGAGGCAAUUAUCCAGGAAGAUGCUGAAAUUACAGAUGAUAAAAAAAGAAUAAGUUCAGAGAAGAGAGCACAAAGGAUCUUUGAUGUGAUGAAAUCCACCAUUACAGGAAAAUUAGCAGGGAUUGUGGCUUGGAUUCUGACAAAGGUUUUCCCCUCUAUUUUACGUGCAAUAUUGGUUCACAAAGGACAAAUAGAUGUUGUGAAAAAAGCUUCAGAGAGAGGUGUCCCUAUGAUCUAUCUACCACUUCACCGCAGUCACCUGGAUUAUGUCCUGAUGACUUUCAUCUUCUGGCAUUACAAGAUUCAGAGUCCCUAUGUGGCAGCUGGAAUUAACCUCAACAUUCCUAUCUUUGGACCAUUUAUGAAGAGUCUAGGAGGAUUUUUUAUUCGUAGAAAACUUGAUAAAAGCAAUGGGAAGAAAGACAUGCUCUACAGGUCUAUUCUGCACAUUUAUAUUGAAGAAUUGUUGAGGAAUGGACAGAGUAUGGAAUUUUUCUUGGAGGGAGGUCGAAGUCGAUCUGGAAAAUCUUAUCCCCCCAAAGGUGGCCUCCUGUCUGUGAUACAAGGAACACUUUCCAGUGGCCAUGUAGAGGAUGUGUACAUUGUUCCUGUUAGUAUCAAUUACGAGAAGUUGAUGGAUGGAAAUUUUAGUACAGAGCAGUUGGGUCUGGCUAAGAAGCCAGAAACCUUUUUAGGAGCUGUAAGAGCUUUACUGAAGGUAUGCAGAACACAAUAUGGAAGUGUUCGUGUCGAUUUCUGCAAGCCUCUUUCUCUCAAGGAAUACCUGCAAAAUACUCAGUCUUGCCAAUCUAGUGUUCAGGGGAGUGAGCCUAACUCGGAGGGGGAGCUGUCUGCGGACUCGGACCUGUCGCCAUCGCCGGUGAUCCGUAGACAGGGCAGUGUCUCCUCACUGUACGGAUCUGACAUCGGAAACGACAACAGACAGAUUGUACAGGACCUCGCAGAGCAUAUCACCUACACAAGCACAAAUAGCACAGCGCUGAUGAGUACCAAUCUCCUGGCAUUCCUGUUGUUAAAGAAACACAGACAGGGAGUGCAGAAAAGUCAGCUAGCAUUAGAUUUGGAGUGGUUGGUUUCUGAACUGAAGGUUCGUCAGAGAGAUGUAGGCUUUACUGGGGAGUCUGAGGCUGUCGUUCAGUCCGCUAGCCUCCUAUUGGGGAAUCAUCUAGUUACAAGAACAAUGGAACCCGAUUCUAAUGUAGAAUUUUACAAAGCCAGUAGUGAAUUAUCUGCCCUUGUGGAGCUGAGUUACUAUAGUAACGCUGUAUUGUCAGUCUUUUUACUGGAGAGUGUGAUCUCCUGUGCCAUUAUUUAUUGUUGUGAUGUAUCCCUUGACAACACUGCUGGUCAUGUGACCUCCUCAGCCACCAGAGAGGAGGUCAUAGAAGUCGCUGUAGAAAUUUGUCAACUUCUUCAAUACGAGUUCAUAUUUGUCUCGCCAUGCAAACAAUUAGAGGAGGCCCUUGAAGAUGAACUUGAUCAGAUGAUAAGCAUGGAAGUUGUUCAAGUCAAAGAAAUGCUGUGUGAUGACCAGUACAGUAUGUAUGAGAAAGGCUGGGCCCAGAGACUGUCCAAAAAUAUGGCCUGGAGGGAUGAAGAAGAAGAUGACGAGGAAAACUUUAUCUUCCAGCAGACCUGUCAGGUUAACACCAACAGAGCGGAUUGUAUGGAGAAGCUGAAGUUUUACCACCAGAUACUGGCUCCAUUCCUAGAGUCUUAUUACGUGACAGCCUGUCAAAUCAGCAAAUGUCUCCACACACAGUUUCUGGAGAGUGAAUUUAUCCACCUUAUUCAUUCAGAAGCUAAAAGGAGGGUUCAUGAAAAACUGGCAUCAAAUGAGGAGAGUGUUGUCUUGGAUUCUCUGAAGAACUCGGUGAAGUCUUUUAGUGACAUGAAAAUUAUAGACAUUUACUGUGUAGGAAAUCUAAGAAUGGUGGAACUCCAUGAUCAUUUUGAAGUGAAAGAAAAACUCAACAAAUAUGUAGAUCUGCUUGAAACCUUGAAGGGUUAAUUUUAUUGACUUAUGUGUGUGCAAUCUUCUGGAUUUGUAAACUUUGAAGUGUAGUGAUUGUACAUGUACAAUGAUGGUUGUAUGACUUUAUGUAAGCAUCUACUAUUACAACAUGACAAUCCAUGGUUGUCACUUGUCAGUGUGCAUAGAAAUAUAUUCAUUUCAGAUAGGUGAUAGUUUCUACACAGAAAGUUAUAUUACAAAUUUAGUUUGGGAGAGACCAAGAUUUGUCACAUUUCUCUGUUUCAAUUACCACAUUCAGAUCAAUUCUAAUAUUGGUAUUCUACAUUUUGGAAACUUCAUUUGAGAGAAGAAGAGAAAAUACUCAUUAAUUCUUUAGAUUAUGGCAUGAGUACCUAUUAAUUUAACAUUUUAUACAUUGUCUUUUCUCUUUUUUUAUGAUCUAAGCCAAAAGGAUGAAUCCUCAUUCUGUGAAAUCUCAUUUUCAUGGAGGUUUAUAUUUUUUUUUUCAGGGUAUGAUAUCUCCCAUGAAGUUUUUAAAAUAUCAUACUGCAGUUUAUUAACCAUGGAAUUUUCCUCUCGCAGCACAUGUAAUGAAUGGUUAGACAGUACUGAUUGAUAAUUGUUAAGCUAAGACUUUCAAAUGCACCAAUAUGUUACUGUAUGUUACUAUGCUGAAAAUAAGUAUACACGUAAGUUAUGUUUGACUCAAACUUUGUCAUUUUCAGUGUAAUCGUGAUCUCUUGUUAUGAAAGUUGCUAUGUAUGUAAUUAUAAUGUUCGUACAUUUGUAUUAAAAUUAUAAAUAUGUU